UCACCGAUACGACAUGCUACUGAAUUGUCUUCGAUUCUAAAGAGCAAAGAAGAGUACCAGAAACCAGUUUUGUUUGUGUACAGCGAUGGCGGACCAGACCAUCGAAUAACGUAUGUAUCCGUUCAGCUUUCUUUAAUAUGCUUAUUUCUAAGUCUCGAUUUGGAUUUCCUUUGUGCUGUGAGAACUGCUCCAUCGCACUCAUGGCGAAAUCCUGUGGAGAGGGUCAUGUCAACUCUGAACUUAGGACUGCAAUGUGUUGGGCUUAUGCGAGAGAAAGGAGACGAUGAAUUUGAGAAGGAAGCUUCCAAAUGCAAUAGUCUCACUUCUUUGCGGGAAACUGCCAAGAAAGACCCAAACUUUAAGUCAGCUGCUAUAGACAGCUUGUCUCAUGUAAAGUCGCUUCUUGUUCAAGUGCUACGCAGACUGAAACUGAAAGACAAGACCUUUACUCCAUUUUUUCCUGCUUCUGAAAUUGAUAUUGACACUCUCUGGAAUGAAGCUAUACGUGUAGAUUCAACCCUCAACAGAGAAGAGUCCAUAACAACCAAAAAGCUACCUGGAAAGAAAGACCUGAACGCUUUUCUACAGCAUUGCUGUACUCGAAGACAUUACUCAUUUCAAAUAAAGAAAUGUGGUUCCGAUAGCUGUACUAUUUGUCGACCUCCAAGGCUUCCUAAGCAAGUGUUCAAUAGUCUCAGUGUACUACCUGACCCUGUUCCAACUGAAGACGGCCACUACAAGUCAUUUGAGGAGUUACUUGGUACACCCACUGAUGGUAGCUUCAGACCCUCUCUUCAAAAAGUAAAGAAGACACUGCCUUUUUCAGCCAGCAUUCAACACGUUAAGAACGUUGAUAUGAUGUUGCAAUGUGAAGAAUGUUCAAUGUGGAGGCUGCUUUACAGUCGGUGUAAGCUAACACGUCAAGAAAAAGUCGAUCUUAAUGAUGCUGUAGAAGACCUGGCAUUUACAUGCGGAGCACCAAUACAAGACCUUCAUCUGCCUGGUCGCCUAAAUGAUGUGUAUACAAGACAAAUACAUUGUGAAGAGCCAAUCGAAAAACUGUACUAUACAGCCAAGUAUACUCCUAUUUGUAUAUACUGUGCCCAAAAUGUGGACGAUGUGCCAGCAGACCAGUACCCUCAGUGUUGUUUGUGCAAAGACAAACCAAUAAUCAGAAAGUAAUUUUAUAUGUUUUCAGUGUAAUUAUAAUUUUAUUCAUGAGACAUUUUUGUGGUUAUUGUAUAAUGAGAUUCAUAAAAAUAAUGUUUUUGA